GUGAGUGUACUGUUUAUGUUUGUAGCUUUGGCCUAUAGGUUUGAGAUUGAGUAGAUCCAAUCCUCCCAGAUCUACAGAAAUGCUUAUGGGGGUAUGCAGGGGCUGUGGAUCAGUUCAUGGUUGGGCAAGUUGUAUCUAGUCUUUCCUGAACCCCUGUAGAUUAGCGAUGGUGGCUAACAUGACUAUGAAGAUGGAAGGGGAUGUGGCUCGUCUGAGAGGAGUCCUGGACAGCUUUACGCUCACCAGAGGAGACCUGGACAGCUUUACGCUCACCAGAGGAGACCUGGACAGCUUUACGCUCACCAGAUCUGACCUGGAGAUGCAGAUUGAGGGGCUGAAGGAGGAGCUGGUCUACCUCAGGAAGAACCAUGAGGAGGAGAUGCAGUUGAUGCGGACACAGCAGUGUGGUGCUGUGAAUGUGGAGAUGGACUGUGCUUCCUCAGUGGACAUGAGCAAGGUGCUGGAGGAGAUGAGGACCCAGUAUGAGGGCAUGGUGGCAAAGAACCAGAGAGAUGCUGCCAAGUGGUUCGAGAGCAAGGUAGAGGUGCUUCAGAGCCAGAUCACCACCAGCACCACAGAGGUGAAGACCUCUCAGUCUCAGGUGACCGACCUGAAGAGGACCUUCCAGAGCCUGGAGAUUGAACUGCAUGGCCUGCUCACUCAGAAUGGGUACCUGGAGCAGAGCGUCGCUGAUAUAAACGGCCGCCACGGCUCCCAGCUGAACCAGCUGCAGGUUUGUAUCAACAGCAUGGAGGAGGAGCUGCAGCAGCUCAACGUCAGCAUCCAGCAGCAGGCCUCCGAGUACCAGAUCCUCCUGGACAUCAAGAUGAGACUGGAGAUGGAGAUCGCUGAGUACAGGAGGCUGCUGGAUGGAGAGGGAUUCAGAGUACAACCCACACAUGCAGAAGAGGGUGAGGGUGAUCGUGGAGGAGAUGGUGGAUGGGAAGGUGGUGUCCACCUCAGUUGAUGAGAAGGUCCAGGAUUUGAACUAACUGAGAAGGUCAGAUAGUUCUGGAAUCUGGUGAAGCGGUAACGGACCAAACAUACGCCUGGACCACACACAUACCCCUGGACCACACACAUAUCCCUGGACCACACACAUAUCCCUGGACCACACACAUAUCCCUGGACCACACAUAACCCUGGACCACACAUAACCCUGGACCACACAUACCCCUGGACCACACAUAACCCUGGACCACACAUAACCCUGGACCACACAUACCCCUGGACCACACAUAACCCUGGACCACACAUAACCCUGGACCCCUGAUGAUGGGGGGUUCAAACCCUCUCUCUCUAUAUAUGUAUGUAUUUGUGUGUGUCUAUAUGUGUGUGAUGGUUGCAUACUAUAAUAUUUCCCUUCUGACAGGAUUGCAUCAGCUGAAUGAUAACUGAUGUAAUUUACUCGUGUUCCCUUAUAACUCUUAUAUGGCUCUAUCAUAUGGCGAAUUGAAUGUUAUUUCUAGAAUUUGUAUUUCCUGUUCCAUUCAUUGCCACCAGGUGGCAGGUCUCUCAUUUACAUUUAAACAUCUUUGGCCAGCCCAAUUAAAAGUGAGUAAAGUGGAAACAAUAUUACAGUUACAUAACUGACAUCAGAGAAAGUAUUACUUGUUUCAUCAGCCAUUUAUAAAAGCCAUUUUACUCCCUGGACCACAAGCCAUGUAUGUUCUCUGGACUCUAUGACAAGGUUAGAGUUCAUUUUGGAGCGGCAGGUAGCCUAGUGGUUAGAGCGUUGGACUAGUAACUGAAAAGUUGCAAGAUUGAAUCCCCGAGCUGACAAGGUAAUAAUCUGUCGUUUUGCCCCUGAACAACGCAGUUAACCCGCUGUUUCUCGGCUGUCAUUGAAAAUAAGAAUUUGUUCUGAACUGACUUGCCUAGUUAAAUAAAGGAAAAAAAUGUUCUGUAGGCCUAAUACAUUUGGCUGUUGAUUAAAUAUAGAUGUCAAUGCAUUCCAGCACACGGAUAUCAAUCAUAGUUGAGGGUCUGUUGCUGUCCUCUAAAAAGCUGCAAAGAAACACCUUUGCAGAGUGGAUGAGGCCAACACACAUACUGUGACCUACAUUAUAUGAGCAUAACACUCAUGGGAAUUUCACGUUCAGCAGAACGGAUUAUGAUUGGUUGCAUCAGACAACCAAUGAAAAAGGAGGUGGGAGGAGAUGCAGUAUCCCAUCAUUCAGGUCAUGUGGGGCAGACCUGUUUUGUGACCCACAUGUUUUGCUUGCUAGUAAACAAUUUUGCUGCUCUAAGGGAAGUUUGAGUCAACUGGGUCUUCUGCUGCUCUAACAGCAGAACUGUCAGUACUGGCCAUCAACACAGUCAGUACUGGCCAUCAACACAGUCAGUACUGGCCAUCAACACAGUCAGUACUGGCCAUCAACACAGUCAGUACUGGCCAUCAACACAGUCAGUACUCCACAUUCCUCUUUCCCCAUUUUCCUACAUUAUUUUAUUCCCUAUUUAUGAUGGUGUGAACUUGUGACCCAUGUGAA